GUGCAGCAACACAGGCCCAGCCCCUCCUUUUCACCUGAACAGAGGGAGGAGCUGUGCUGAGCUAGACGACGGGAAAAACAAGGAAGAGCCCACAAGUAGGUAGGUGGUGUGUGAGUGUACACUUCCCCUGAUUUUGUGGUUGGAGUCAAAGAAGAAAAAGGAGUUUACCCUGCUUGCGGGUUUCUCAACAUGGAUAUGGAUAUCCCGGAUUCUCCACACGGGAAUAUGGGGCUGUUAAGGACCUUUGAUUCCUCUGAGUUUGGAAGCUGGGAGAAAAUAGGCUCAGGUGGAUUUGGACAAGUAUACAAAGUCCGGCAUGUACAGUGGAAAACAUGGCUGGCUAUCAAGUGCCCUCCCUGCCUUCAUGUGGAUGAUAAGGAUCGCUCCGAGCUGCUCGAGGAAGCUAAAAAGAUGGAGGCAGCCAAGUUCCGAUACAUCCUGCCCGUGUACGGGAUCUGCGAAGACCCCCAGGGGCUGGUCAUGGAGUACAUGGAGACCGGCUCACUGGAGACCCUGCUGGCCAAUGAGCCGCUGCCCUGGGAGCUCCGCUUUCGCAUCAUCCACGAGACCGCGGUGGGAAUGAACUUCCUGCACUGCAUGAACCCACCGCUGCUCCAUCUGGACCUGAAGCCGGCCAACAUCCUGCUGGAUGCUCACUAUCACGUCAAGAUAUCUGAUUUUGGGCUGGCCCGCUGGAACGGCUUGUCACGGGCUGAUGACAUCAGUAGAGACGGCUUCUGCGGCACUAUUGCCUACCUCCCCCCUGAGAGCAUCAUAGAGAAGGACAGAGUGUCGGACACCAAGCACGAUGUUUACAGUUUCUCUAUCGUGAUCUGGGGGAUUCUCACACAGAAGAAACCCUAUCAAGGUGAGCCAGCCAACCGUGUCUUUUAUGAUCACCAAUGUCAGUCUGAUAGUUUAGCUAGAACAGCAGGUCUAAUAGUUCGUGUGGCAUGCCUCCCCUACCUCUGUAACAGCUGUAAACAAUCAGUAACAAAUAAAAGGUCCAUGACGAGUUAUCAUCAGAAAUCAGGGGGUGGCUGUAGCUCAGAAAUCACAUCUGAAGCCGAGGAGCUCUGCUCUAAACCUCAGGAGGAACCCAAAUCACCCAGGUUAUCAACAUCUGACCCAGAGCCCAUGACCCCUAAAGCACUCACGGGUGACCAGGUUAAUGACAACAAGCCAGUGCGUCCAAAGUCAGCCAUGUUGCCCGAGAAGGAUUACAGCCUGUCUGAGCUCCUGAGCCAGGUGGAUUCUGGGAUCUCUAGGAGCUUUGAUCGCGUGAAGGAGGACAGCUGUCACAGCAAAGAGAGCACCUGCAAGAGACUGUCUGGGAUUUCCUCUGCAGAUUCUGCCUUCUCGUCCCAAGACUCUAUCACGCUGUCUUUUGAGAAAGAAGGCACGUACGAUUCUGCUGAGGUCCAGAAACGAAAACUGUGUGAGGCCAUCAGGAACAAAGACACGGCCAAGCUGAUGAAGAUCCUCCAGCCUCAGGAUGUCGACCUUCUCCUCGACGGAGGAGACAGUCUGCUCCACCAUGCCAUCAACUUGGGUAAUGAGGAGGCGGUCAAAUUCCUCCUCCUGAACAACGCGAAUCCUAACCUCGCUAACGGCCGCGGCUCCACGCCCCUUCACCUGGCCACGGAGAAGCACCUGAAGUCGCUGGCGGAGCUUCUGCUCGGCCGGCGCAGCACCAAUGUGAACGCCAAAGACGAGGACCAGUACACAGCUUUGCACUGGGCAGCCCAAAACGGCGACGAGGCUAUCACGCGCCUGCUGCUCGACCGGGCGGCGGCCAUCAACGAGACCGACGGACAGGGACGCACGCCAGCUCACGUGGCCUGCCAGCACGGCCAGGAAAAUGUGUUCAGGGUGCUGCUGAGCCGUGGUGCUGAUGUUCAGAUCAAGGGCAAGGACAACUGGACGCCGCUGCACUAUGCUGCCUGGCAAGGGCAUCUGGGCAUCGUCAAACUGCUGGUUAAGCAAGCCGGCGCCGACGUAGAUGGUCAAACGACAGACGGGCGCACGCCGCUGCACCUGGCUUCUCAGAGGGGGCAGUAUCGAGUGGCACGGAUCCUGAUUGAGCUGGGAGCCGACGUGCACAUGACAUCAGCUGGAUCAAAGACGCCGCUACAUGUGGCGGCUGAAACGGGUCACACCAAACAAAUUCAGAUCAGAGAAAGAUGUCUAGCCAUCCACUUUAUUCUGCUCAUCCAAUUCAGGGAUGCAGGGAAGCUGAAGCCUAUACCAGCUGCCGAAGGGCAAGAGGCAGGGGACGCCCUUCUGUGUGAAACCAUUCACACCUAUGUGACCUAUCUACUUAGAAUCACCAGUUAA